CUGAGAGAGUUGCCACAGCCUGACUUGCUCAGUAGUGAGUCAUUUACGUAGAGUCUGAUACACAGUACUGCUUUAAAAUGUUUUGUGUAGAGCCCAGCCGAACAAGAAAGGGUUGAUAGCGCUUAAUGGAAACAUACUCCAGACUCUCACUUUGACGUGGGCCAGAAAAUGUUUUCCUGGGCUACAUGAGAUCCACAACAGAAGUAGUUUCAAGGCAUCAACCAUCAAACCAAUGGAAAUUCUCAAAGUCAUCACAAUGAUUCAGAAUUUAAUUCAUUUCAGCCUUUUCUAUGUGUGUGCUCUUUCAUCCCCAACUCCAUCUUCACCCCCUAUCACUACCACUGAGGAAGGACCUUGUCGAAUCUACAAUUCAGGCCGGUCUGCAGACUGCCGUGGAAGGCAGCUUGACAGUGUCCCGCAAAAACAACUUCCACCCACGCUUGUAAAGAUCGAUCUCUCCCAAAACAAACUAAAUGCUGUAUACGCUGCUGACUUCAAACACCUCCCUCAGCUUCAUACUCUUUCUUUGAAGUUCAACAACAUUUCACACAUCGACAAUGACGCCUUUGGAAGUAACAAACUGCUGGAGUAUCUUGACAUCUUUAAUAACACUCUGGAGGAAAUUCCUGCAACAGCUCUGGCAUCCCUCUUGAAUCUAAAACAGCUCUACAUGUCCAAUAACCUUUAUAAACAUGCAACUUUGGCUGAUAGCUUCUCCAAAUUUGUUAAACUCCAGGUUCUGUCCAUGGGUGGCCCUCUGGUGAUGGGCCUAAGGAAAGCAGAUUUUCAGCCCUUGAAGAACAUCAAGUUACAAGGCUUUGCUAUCAAAUGUUCUUCUAAUCUAAGUUACUAUGAGCCUGGAAGUUUAGAAGUCAUUCAGACGGUGCAGAUGGGCUUUGAUAUGGCCAUAGAUCAACAACCAAAUGCUCUCCAUCACAUGCUACAUGACCUGGCUAAUAAGACCUUCAGUGUCAUUCAGUUUCGCAACCUCUUUGAAUUCAUGUACUACAUGGGAAAGCUGGAUAUUUUUGAGGGUUUGAAAGCAAUUACAGCUGAUAAGCUCAUCUUUCACAGAGGCAAAUUCAAUGAGAAUCUCCUGAGGAUGGCUUUGAUGAACCUACAAGUGAAACCUGUCAAAAAGCUGACACUUCAGUACAUUGACUUUGCCCGUUCACCAACGUUUGUUGAUAGCGGAGCAGGUUCCAGCAUCACAAAUUUGGCACUAGACCAGCUGAAUCUUUGGUAUAUCAGCAAUCCUGAUGUGCUACGAUUUGACUGGCGCUUCACCUGGUUCAAGAAAAUUAAGCACAUCUCUAUUCAGUAUGUGUAUUUCAACUCGGUGCCAUGUGAUUCCUGGCCUGAGAUGGAAGAUGUGGAGAUUCUGGAUGUUUCCAAUAAUCGAUUGAAAGAUGAAAUGAUCUUCAACCAGAGGUGCGACUAUAGAGGCACCAUGCCAAAUCUACUCACCUUUAACCUGAGCACCAAUGAACUGGUUAGUUUAAAAGACUUGUCUGCUCUAACAAGGGAGUUCAGGCAGCUGCAGGUGUUGGAUCUCAGCAACAACAAACUGGGAUCUCAGGAACAUAGCCAAAGCUGUGUUUGGAAGCAGAAUAUCACUCAUCUCAUUGCUCACCACAAUCAGUUUACAAGCGAAGACCUUAAUUGUUUGCCCACCACAGUGCAGGAUUUGGAUCUAUCCUACUGCAGCCUGGACCAGCUUGACAUGACAUAUUUCCAGAAAGCCACCUCCCUAAAAACCCUCCUGUUGAAUGGUAAUAAAAUUAAGUUCAUCCCAUCUAAGUGGAGGAGUCAAUCAUUGCAAUUUCUAGCUCUGGAUGGGAAUUCAUUUGGGUUGAUUAGCAAGGAAUCCUUUCAGGAUAUGCCUCAGCUGUCUCGUCUUCAAGCAGGAAACAAUCCCUACCACUGCACUUGUGAGCUUCAUGCUUUUGUCCAGGACACAAUAUCAGAAGGAAAGGUUAACCUCACUGACUGGCCUUUGAACUACAGGUGUUAUCAUCCAGAACCUUUCCUCAACACAUUCAUCUCAAAAUACUUUCCUAGUCAAGUCGCUUGUGACAUCAAACUAGUUGUCAUAAUCUCUGUAGCAACAACUACAGCAGUGAUCUUGAUACUGGUGCUAAUUUGCUAUAUUUUUGACCUCCCAUGGUACACUAAGGCCACAUAUCAGAUCAUCAGGGCCAAGUACAGAGCUCACAAGGAAAAAGCAGCAGGGGAAUUAGAGACUUUUACAUACCAUGCCUUCAUAUCCUACAGCCACUCAGAUGCUGACUGGGUGAGAGACCAGCUCUUGCCCUGUUUGGAGAAUAACAGGAACCCUUAUCGUCUGUGUAUUCACGAACGGGACUUUAUGCCAGGAAAGUGGAUCAUCGACAACAUCAUUGAGAACAUUGAAAGCAGCCGCAAGGUGAUUUUUGUCCUCUCCAGGCAUUUUGUUAACAGCGAAUGGUGCAACUAUGAGCUGUACUUUGCUCAGCAGAGAGCAAUGGGAAAGGCCUUCAGUGAUGUCAUCCUUGUGGUGAAGGAGCCCAUUGACCCGAACUCCUUGCCCAGCAAAUACUGCAAGCUUAAAAAGAUGCUGAGUACCAAGACAUACCUGGAGUGGCCCCAACAGGCUAAUCAACAGCCAUUUUUCUGGGCGCAGCUCAGGAGUGUGCUGGGAAAACCCACUAUGACGCGUGAGAGGAUGCACAGUUUGAGGAAAAGAAACUCGUCUCUUGGAGAUAAUUCCUUUGUGGAGGAAAAGAUGUCAGAAGUAGCCAUACCUGAAGCGGACAAUGGAAUCAAACCCCAAAAAGAGGUUGUUAAGAGGAAUGACAGUGAGCUGUCAAACCAGAGGCAAAUACCUAUGGUGGCAGAAUGACCAAAAUACUGAACAAAAGAUUACAACUUUGCAUUAUAUCUCAUAUAUACAUGUCCUCAUGUAACCUGUGAUGCCAACUUGGGAGCAAAAGCCAAAAUCUCUUUAGAUGACAGACAAAAACUUUAAUCCCUCCCAACCCAUGGCAUUCUGUCAUGUUAUCCUGUAUGCCCUCUGCUGCACUUUCCAUCUGGGCACUUCAAGCCUGGUGCCUUGCUGACAGGCACUGAAAGGACGGCUCAAAUGAGAUCUCCCAUGUCGCACUCUGUGUAACAAGCAAAGUCCCAGGAAGCCGUGGUGACAGGUGAAAGCACCGUGCUCUGUUACAUUCUUGGCCCUCAGAGGGAUGAGAUCAUGAAUGUUCCAACCCUGAUGUUCAAGGUUCAUGCUGAAGGCCUUACAGACCAAAUAAACUAUAAGCCUGAUAGCAGGUGAUCAUGCAAAAGCUUGUAAAUUUGGGAACUGAUCAUGUCCAAGCACUUUGAAAAUAACCAGAUUAUACCCUAUCUUCAUGCUGUUGAGGCAGAUAUGACACAAAUGUCACAAUUGUUGGAAAACCUUUUAACUUGAUAUAAUUGUGUUGUUUGUUGACAUUUUAUCAAACUUCUACUUUCAACAGGUUCCUAAGACACAUAAUUUGUAGAAUUUUAAAAUAACUUUAAACUUUAAAAUUACUUGAAAAUUAUUUACAAAUAAGAAAUCUAUAAUAAUUUUAGCUGCAAUGCCACACAAUUAUUAAUUUAUGUGAACCUUUGAAAAUAGUUAAAGAAAAUAAACUUUAUAUGAAAGGUUGCAGUAUGACCACUAGGGGGCAGAAAAACUCCAAAACACACUCAAAGACUUUCAGCUUCAUGCCAUCACAAAAAUGUUGAUUUUUAUAAGCUUGCAAACUGCUGUUCACUUUUUUAAAAAUGUAAUGUGAUGUGAAAGCGUUAAAAAAUGAAGUGUUUAUAUAUAUAUAUAUAUAUAUAUAUAUAUAUAUAUAUAUAUAUGUUGCAGAAAACAAUGAUUGUAUUCAGCAACGAUGUGAGUAUUACAGUUUUAACUUUUUUGCUAGUUUCCACUGUAUUUGUGAAAACCUUUUUGAAUUAUUUUACUAAAAAUCUAGCAUUUUAUAUAAAUGAUUACGCUAUAUUUUGUACUUUUGCAUUUUAUUUUUUAUUAUAUGAAUUUUGUCAAUAGCUGCUGUUUGGUAUUUUUAACUUUGAGCUAAGGCUUUAAUCUUGCCAUAUUUUUGCAAAGACGGUAUUUUUGCAUGUUCUUUUUUAGCAAUUUGUCAAGGUUUUUUUUAUAACAUUUUUUUCUUCUUUGAAGAGAUUAUAUCUUUACAUGUGCAUUUAUUGUCACUUUUAGGUUUAGUAACAGAAAGAAAGCAGAUUUUCAUGAAAUGAUAAUUCUUGACAUGUUUUUCUGAAACACAGACAGCUCACCUGCAGUCUGAUAAAUUGUUAAGCAUUUGCAUUGAUAUAUCCAUGUCAAUACAAAUAAGGCUCUGCAUUACUAGCAGACUCUUUCUGGUGUAUGAUAUGAUGGCAUUGAACAUGAAGUGAUAACCUGAAAGUAUUUUUGCAUAGAAAAUGAAGUGAGGACAUAUGUACUUUUUGAUGGGAACGUCUUGUAUAUUUUUACAUAUUGAAAGUGCAUUACUUGUCUUAUUUCAGUUACUUUUAAAAUGCUGGACAUUGACAAUUCUUCCUGUGCAGUAUUGUUGUAAUAUUUAAUUAAAUAAAUAUUCCCUUGAUCAUGAUCG